AUAAAGCUACUCAGCUUCGUCGUCGAACAGGCGAAAAAGUACCUGGAAGUGGUAAUGGAAGCACAUAAAAAUCAUGCGCCAGAGGUGGCCGCUAAGCUGCGGAGGCCCCGUAGCGUCUACUUCGCGAUGAAACCGCUGGUAAGGAAAGCUUGGGGAAACGCCAUGGCAUCGCAAAAGGCAGUAAAGCAAGAAGGAAUAGUGACGAACACGAAGUCGAUCGGGAGUCGGACCUUCCGACAGGCGAUACCAAGCGUGCAAUCCUGGGGAGAGUUUUUCUACGGCCAUGUACUCCCAAGGCUGACGGCAGAGGGAUAUGAUUUGCAACACGCAGAAGAUGAGGAGGUGGAGGGCACUCCGGAUCCAGGUGAUGUGGAUGCUGAUGCACUAGUUGGAGAAGCACGAUAAGCAGCUUCUACAAGCUGUGAGGAGCACGCGUCGGCCGCUGAGAGUCAUGUUGAGGAAGAGGAGGAGGGUCGUCGUGCACGUAGAGCUAGAAGACGAGGAGCGCGCGGGGGAGUCGAUGAUGAUGCAUGUCAUGAUCAAGAUCAUCAGAAGAUGCUGGUCGCUACCAGCUGCGCGACAUCAAGAAGCGAAACGCCGACCCUCUCAACGACGUCGGGAUGGCGAUGGGGAUCUCCCCCAUCAAGAACGACUGGCGACUCAGCGCAGACUGAGGGCGGUGGUCGUGUGCUGUCGGCUGGUGGCGCGGCUGGAGAGCAGGAAGCCAGAUCGACGACUGAGAAGAACGCUGCGAACGGACACAGAGAAAGAGAUGAUCAGGAGGAGCACGGCGCAACCGGACAGGAGACCAUCAACACCACGUACUACAAAGAGCGGCCUGCCGCGAAUCAUGUGGAGGAAGACAAAGACAGGGAAGAUGCACCUAGUAGAGCAACACAUAGAGAACUCGAGUUAGUGGUAGUGCGCGAUGAUCCAGGGCCUGAAGAUGCUGCGCCGGCUGCUGGUGCUCCUGGAGCGUCGUCGUCGAGGAGGCAGCUAUCGCAUCCGAGUCCGGGGCUCGCUGAGCCAAGAAGAGAGGGCAGAGAGCGAAGCCAAGACAUGACGUUGCUGCGUUACGAUGCUUGGCUGGGCCUAAACCCUGAUGAAGACGUUGGCACUUUUCGCGCCUCAAGAGUUUUGCUCUCAACCGUGACACGGCAGAAAGGCAAGCCGAAUUACAUAAAGCUACUCAGCUUCGUCGUCGAACAGGCGAAAAAGUACCUGGAAGUAAUAAAGGAAGCACAUAAAAAUCAUGCGCCUGAGGUCGCCGCUAAGCUGCGGAGGGCCUAUAGCGUCCAUCUCGCGUUGGGGCCGGUGGUAAGUGCUGCUUGGACUGGAGACGCAAACCGGAGGAGUACCGCUGGCAGAGCCUUGGAGACGCAAACUGGAGGAGUACUUGAGCAAAGGCAAACACGACCAUCGAGGAGGAUUGGGUGGAGAACGAACUUCCAACAGUCCACAGGCGUGCGAUCCUGGGGAGCUUUUUUCUACGAGCAUGCGGUCCCAGAGCUGAGGAGGGAAGGAUAUUAUUUGCAGGAGACAGAACGGCCAGCCGCGCCAAAAAUACACGCAGAUGAAGCUGGUGAGGAGGUGGAGGGUGGUCUGGAUCCAGAUGUGCUGGUGGGUACUGAUGUACUAGUUGCUGGAGGAGCCGGAGAGGAGCAGGAGACCAUCAACACCCAGUCCACUGAGAGGACACGAAGAGCAGGGAGCAGAGAGAAACGCUUCGCGUCUGAUCGAGCCAAACGGUUCGCGUCUGAUCGAGCGCGGUAUCAGAGUGCACAACUCCCCCUCCCCCUCAUUUGUGUUGCAUGAACGGCAAUACAAGCGUCAGCAAGAAUACAGGUUUUGCAUGACAAAGUUGGACAGGAGUGUAGUGCUAUUUGGGCUGCGAGAACUUGUCAUGCUAACAGUGCCCAGAGGCAAGGUGUAAAUUAGACAUUUUGCAUCACAAAUGAGGGGGAGGGGGAGUUGUGCACUCUCAUGAUACGCGGCCGCAAAGUGGCACGGACGCGCGGCCGCGGCGGCACGAUCAGCCGGGACCACUUUUGCAAACGCAACAGUACCAGUAGAGGUAGACGUGAAAAACACAGAAGUUAAUGAUCCCGACGCAUUUAUCUUUAAGUAA